AGUCAUCUUUGCACUGCUUUUGGCUAUUGAUUUUACAGUGAAUUGGAGGUUGCAGGUUGGUGGUACUGUAACAGAUGUCCUCAGGUACAUCCACCUUUGCCCUGUUUAGAACUUAAAAAAUUGUUUGGCGCAGGUUUACUAUGUAGUCUGUAAUAUGUUAAAUCUGUACAUCAAGCACACCCAUACAUUCAGAAAGGAUAUGUCCAUAGUAUGUUAAAGGAUAUGUCAUAAUUUUUGUAAGUUUAUUCAGAUGAUAAUUUGACAUACAAUGAACAUUGAUGACACUUCUAGUACAUACCCAACUGCGUAGUAUUAGGAGGUAUUAAUAACAUAAACCUUGGAGUCACAUCUUUCUCCCUUAUCAUAGCAUCUUUGAGUGGAAGGGAAGAUGUGGAUCGCAUCAUUUUCAUCAACUAGUGUCGGGGUCAAAAUAAUUCAUGGAUCCUUGUCCAGUAUUACUUACUCUCUAGGAAACUUGUCCUGUUCAUGACUUAUAUUUUUGGACCGGUUGCUUUACAUAUGCUCUUUCGGCUUACCCUGUAAGCUCAAAGUGUCACCUUUAGCUCUUCAUUUUCAGUUUGGGGCAAACAAACAGAAUUUGAGAACAUAAGAUCCUUCAAUGCCUUCUGUAUCCGGCAUUCAGGUUAAAUAAAGAUCAGGUUCCAUUUUUGUUCUGUUGCUACUUGCUAGAGUUAUUAUUCACCCUUUUAAUGUCUAAUUAUAGUUUACAUCUGUCAUGCUUAAGUUCUCAUUGGCUCUAAAGGCAACUUUACUGGAGAAAGAUGCCAGAAACUGCGAGGAUAAAGAUCAUGGGAGCCUUAAACAUGGGCCUAUUUUAUUUGCAUAUGCUCAGGUUUGUUCCAACAUUAUCACAGUUUUAUAACAGCAGACAUGGACAGAAAAUUUCGAGUGGAGUGUACUCGGACAUAGUAUUAUUGUGGAAGUCAAAUCCCAAGGUUCAAGGUUCAUUAUUUGGUGGUUUCAAUGUAAAUUAUCCUGUGGUUGGUUGGUGUGUCUGCUUCAUGAUUAUCAGCAUUGACCAUUUAUCUACCAAAAAGAUGACUAUGCCUUUGAUGAAGAGAUAUGUUUGUUGUAUUGGAUUGGAUUGGAUUUCUGUAAGAUCGACAAUCGACGGUCGACCGAAAAUGGUCUUUACCCUUAAGCUUUUCUAAGAAGACUAAAAAAGCCAUCCUCUCCGAGCUUGAUGUAGCUGAUUUUCUUUUCUAGUAGAUUGUUCUAGUUGAGAUAGAGAAAUGUAUUCCCAAGAUGGAAAAUUACACUUCUCCUAGUUGAAAAUAACAUGAUUGUGAUAGGCCAUAAACUCAAUAAACAAAGGUGUUAGUUUAACUUUUUACUAGGUUUCC